GUGGGGCCCACCUUCCGGCUCCUCUUUUCUUCUUCCUCUAUACCACCUCUUGACGGUCGAGCACCUCGUCAGGACGCAACGAGACGGCUUUGGCGCCGGCGCGGUGGAUGGCGGCAAGGUGGCUGGACGAGGGUGCGGCACGAUCCCGGUGACCGGCGGCAGUGGCACGAGUCGAGCCGACGGCGGAAGAUCGAAGCUCGUCGGUCGUGACGGACCGGCGGUGACGUGAAUCGAUCAGCCGACGACACGGGGACGAUGUCUGUCCAGGAGGACGAUGACGCGGCCGGGCCGGAGGUGGACAGGCUCCGGCGCCACGACUCGUUCUACGGCGACGCAGAGAAGGUCUCCAACGACAAGAGCCAUGGCACCGGGGAGAACUGGGCGCGGACGCUGCAGCUGGCGUUCCAGAGCAUCGGCGUGGUGUACGGUGACGUCGGGACGUCGCCGCUGUACGUCUACUCCAGCACGUUCCCGGACGGCGUCAAGCACCCGGACGACCUCGUCGGCGUCCUCUCCCUCAUGCUCUACACCCUCAUCCUCAUCCCCAUGGUCAAGUACGUCUUCAUCGUCCUCUACGCCAACGACAACGGCGACGGUGGAACAUUUGCGCUCUACUCGCUGAUAUCGCGGCACGCGAAGAUCAGGAUGAUCCCGAACGAUCAGACGGAGGACGCCAACGUGUCGAAUUACAGCAUCGAGGCGCCGAGCUCGCAGCUGAGGAGGGCAGAGUGGGUGAAGCAGAAGCUGGAGUCCAGCAACGCAGCCAAGAUCGCACUGUUCACAAUCACGAUCCUUGGCACCUCCAUGGUCAUGGGUGAUGGGACACUGACGCCAGCGAUUUCUGUGCUGUCUGCAGUGAGUGGGAUCAGGGAGAAAGCCCCAAGCCUGACACAAUUGCAAGUGGUGUGGAUCUCGGUACCCAUCCUGAUCGUGCUGUUCUCGGUGCAGCGGUUCGGGACCGACAAGGUGGGCUACUCCUUCGCGCCGGUCAUCUCGGUGUGGUUCGUCCUCAUCGCCGGCAUCGGGGCGUACAACCUCGCGGUGCACGAGAUCACCAUCCUCCGGGCCUUCAACCCCAUGUACAUCAUCGAUUACUUCAGGAGGAACGGCAAGGAGGCCUGGGUCUCCCUUGGGGGCGCUGUCCUCUGCAUCACAGGCACGGAGGCCAUGUUUGCUGACCUUGGCCAUUUCAACAUCAGGGCAAUCCAGCUGAGCUUCACCUGCGUCCUCUUCCCCUCGGUCGCGCUAUGCUACAUGGGUCAAGCUGCCUACCUGCGCAAAUUUCCGGAAGAUGUUGGCGACACCUUCUACAAAUCCCUCCCAGCGCCGCUGUUCUGGCCGGUGUUCGUGGUGGCGAUCAUGGCGGCGAUCAUCGCGAGCCAGGCGAUGCUGUCGGGGGCGUUCGCCAUCCUGUCCAAGGCGCUGCCGCUGGGUUGCUUCCCGCGGGUUGAGGUGGUGCACACGUCGAACAAGUACGAGGGGCAGGUGUACAUCCCGGAGGUGAACUUCCUCAUCGGCGUCGCCAGCGUCGCCAUCACGGUGGCGUUCCAGACCACGGCGAACAUCGGCAACGCCUACGGCAUCUGCGUCGUCAUGGUGUUCUCCAUCACCACCCACCUCAUGACGGUGGUGAUGCUGCUCAUCUGGAAGGUGCGGCUGCCGUUCAUCGCCGCGUUCUACGUCGUGUUCACCUUCACUGAGUUCCUCUACCUCUCGUCGAUCCUCUCCAAGUUUGCCGAGGGCGGGUACCUCCCCUUCUGCUUCUCGCUGGUGCUCAUGGCGCUCAUGGCGACGUGGCACUACGUCCACGUGAAGCGGUACUGGUACGAGCUGGACCACAUCGUGCCGCCCGACGAGAUGGCGGCGCUGCUGGCGCGGCGCGACGUGCGGCGCGUCCCCGGCGUCGGCCUGCUCUACACGGAGCUCGUCCAGGGGAUCCCGCCGGUGUUCCCGCGGCUCGUGGACAAGAUCCCCUCCGUGCACGCCGUCUUCGUGUUCAUGUCCAUCAAGCACCUCCCCAUCCCGCGGGUGGCUCCCGCGGAGCGCUUCAUCUUCCAGCGGGUCGGCCCCGACGCCGGCCACCGCAUCUUCCGCUGCGUGGCGCGCUACGGCUACACCGACCCGCUCGAGGGCGCCAAGGAGUUCGCCGCCUUCCUCCUCGACCGCCUCAAGGUGUUCGUCUACGAGGAGGCCGUCUUCGCCUGCCAAUGCGCGGAGGACGGCGGCGGCGGCGGCGGUGGCGAUGACGACGGCGUGCUGAGGAGGGCGGAGGAGAUGGCGGCGGAGGAGAAGCGGUUGAUCGACGCGGAGGCGGAGCGAGGGUUGGUGUACCUGAUGGGGGAGGCGAACGUGGAGGCGGCGCCGGGGUCGUCGUUGAUGAAGCAGAUCGUCGUCAACUACGUCUACACUCGCUUGAGGAAAAACCUUAGGGAGGAACACAAGGCGCUGUCCAUUCCUAAGGACCAGCUGCUCAAGGUUGGGAUCACUUAUGAGAUUUAGGGCCUGUUUGGUAUAGCUCUUACUCCGAGAUUCUUAUCACAUAGAGCUAGACAUGUACCGAACACUCGUAAUAUCCUGGAUAAUACAUAGAGUAGAGCUGUCGGUCCGCUAUAUACUAAAAAUUACACUAUAAAGGAUGUAGCAUCAAUUCUACUUCUACUCAGUAGUCAGUUCUGCUCCAUUCUUGGAGUAGGAGUUGUACCAAAUAUCCCUUUAGUCACUUUUUUUUCUCUCUUAUUUUUUUGCAUUUGUUUUCUGGUCUACCUUGGUGAUAUAUAAUGGUGUAUGUUCUAGAGUCAUUUUAGCAAACGAAGCACUACUAGUUGUUAAUUUGAGUACUAGAUCACGUACGGAUUGCGCAAAAUGGUCUCUUUGUGGAUAAAACGAUGAAACUCAAAAGAGCAACAGAUCUGUCACAAUUCAUACAAACAAGUUCAUUCCAAAAGACUGUAAUCACCUCACAGAGGCAAGCAAACCGUAUUCCAAGAGGUUGAUAGUUGUCAUGAAUACUUCUUUUUAAGAUAAUUAAUGGAAUGA